AUGAAGGUGUAUUUCCCACACCUGUUUGCAGUGCGGACCCUGAAGUUGCUGCUCUGCCGAAAGCAGUACAAGGAUGUGGUGGUGGCAAUGGAAUGCAAGGGUGCCUGGGACACGCUGCUCUGUGCUGACACCCACCACUAUGCCGUGGGUCUGCUGGCCAGGGAGAUGUCCUGUGUCUCCAUACCCUCCUGUUCCCGGAUCUUUCGCUACCUGCUCUGGCUGCUGAGCACACAGGAGCCACGCUGGGAUCUGCCUGCCCUGGCGUUCCUUGUGGAGGUCCUCGAGUGCCUGGACUUGAGGGAACGUGAUGCUGACAGAGUCCUGCAAAUCUUGUCAAGGCAUGUGCAGAGCAAGUGCAGGGAGAGGCGUCACCUGGCACUCAGGGCCCUUCUCAAGCUCACUGAUGAUCCCUCGAUGACGGAAAAAAUGUGGAGCCUGAUUGAAAGUCUUGUGGAGCUCCUACGGGAUGCAAAUGGAGAGGCAGUUAAAAUGACAGUCAUGGUACUCAGCUUUAUAAUCUUGGACAAGGACCUACAGAUACCCAGCCCCAUUGCCCUGCAGCUGGCUGAGGUGCUCCUGCCACUCUUUGACCAUAAAAAUAGCCAGGUGCAACUGCUCUCCAUAUUGCUCUUCCGAACAUUGCUGACUCUUCCACUGAAAAAGGAAAGAAAGGUCCUGAAGUCACAGGUGCGACAGAGCCUGCUCCCACUCUUCUUCCACUGCCAUGAUGAGAAUUAGCGAGUGGCACAAGCUUCUCUGGAAACGCUGCUUUGUGUGGCCAAGUUCCUGAAGAGGAAGGAUCUUGACAAAGUGGUGAAGAAGAAGAAACUGUGGAUGUUUGCAGACACCCUGCUGGCAGAGGACACGAGCCGAGCGGCCGAGCAGCUGCGCC